AUGUCUUCUUCAAGACCCAGCGACUCAUCCACCAAUUCAGGGCGGUCUAGACACAGUGCUAGAAUUAUUGCUCAGACAACUGUUGAUGCCAAGCUGCAUGCAGAUUUUGAGGAGUCAGGUAGUUCCUUUGACUACUCGAACUCGGUGCGCGUUAGUGGUUCAGUUGGAGGAGAUCAACAACCUAGGUCAGACAAAGUGACCACUGCUUAUCUCCAUCACAUACAGAAAGGCAAGCUGAUCCAGCCUUUCGGAUGCUUGCUAGCCUUAGAUGAGAAAACUUUCAAGGUCAUUGCAUACAGUGAGAAUGCCCCUGAAAUGCUGACUAUGGUCAGUCAUGCAGUCCCAAGCGUUGGGGACUACCCUGUUCUUGGCGUUGGAACAGAUAUAAGAACAAUUUUCACUGCCCCUAGUGCCUCUGCAUUGCAUAAGGCCCUUGGAUUCGGAGAGGUUUCUCUCUUGAAUCCCAUCUUAGUCCAUUGCAAGACCUCUGGCAAGCCUUUUUAUGCAAUAACCCAUCGAGUAACGGGCAGUUUGAUCAUUGACUUCGAGCCGGUGAAGCCUUAUGAAGUCCCUAUGACUGCUGCUGGGGCCCUGCAGUCAUACAAGCUGGCAGCUAAAGCAAUUGCCCGAUUGCAGUCUUUGCCUAGUGGGAGCAUGGAGAGGCUUUGUGAUACAAUGGUCCAAGAGGUUUUUGAACUCACCGGUUAUGACAGAGUGAUGGCCUAUAAAUUUCAUGAUGAUGAUCAUGGGGAAGUGGUCUCUGAGAUUACGAAGCCUGGCCUGGAGCCAUAUCUGGGUUUGCAUUAUCCAUCCACUGACAUACCUCAGGCUUCACGGUUCCUAUUUAUGAAGAAUAAGGUCCGAAUGAUUGUUGACUGUUGUGCAAAACAGGUGAAGGUGCUUCAAGAUGAGAAGGUUCCAUUUGAUCUCACAUUGUGCGGUUCAACCCUAAGAGCCCCACAUAGUUGCCAUUUACAAUAUAUGAAGAAUAUGGAUUCUAUUGCAUCUCUUGUUAUGGCAGUAGUGGUUAACGAGGGGGAUGAUGAGGUAGCCAGUCCUGAUUCUGUUCAGCCUCAAAAAAGAAAGAGACUUUGGGGUUUGGUAGUAUGUCAUAAUACAAGUCCAAGAUUUGUUCCUUUCCCUCUCAGGUAUGCCUGUGAGUUUCUAGCUCAAGUAUUUGCCAUCCAUGUCAAUAAGGAAAUAGAGUUGGAAGAUCAGAUGGUUGAGAAGAACAUCCUGCGCACCCAAACGCUGUUGUGUGAUAUGUUGUUACGAGAUGCACCCUUGGGUAUUGUGUCACAGAGCCCUAAUAUUAUGGAUCUAGUGAAAUGUGAUGGAGCUGCCCUAUUGUACAAGAGCAAGAUAUGGAGACUUGGCAUAACUCCAAGUGACUUCCAGCUUCAUGACAUAGCCUCGUGGCUCGCUGAGUACCAUAUGGACUCCACAGGUUUGAGCACGGAUAGUUUGUAUGACGCAGGUUUCCCAGGGGCUCUUGCUCUUGGUGAUGUAGUAUGUGGAAUGGCAGCUGUGAGGAUAACUUCCAAGGACAUGCUCUUCUGGUUUCGAUCCCACACUGCGGCAGAAAUUCGAUGGGGUGGUGCAAAACAUGAAUCUGGUGAGAAGGAUGAUGGUUGGAGAAUGCACCCUAGAUCAUCAUUCAAGGCUUUCCUUGAAGUUGUCAAGUCAAGGAGCUUACCUUGGAAGGACUUUGAAAUGGAUGCAAUUCAUUCUUUGCAGCUUAUUCUGAGGAAUGCAUUCAAAGAUGUUGAAACUGUGGAUGUAAACCCCAAUGCAAUCCGUGUAAAGCUUAGUGACCUAAAAAUUGAAGGCAUGCAAGAACUGGAAGCAGUGACAAGCGAGAUGGUCCGUUUGAUUGAAACAGCCACAGUUCCAAUUUUGGCGGUUGAUGUUGAUGGGCUGGUUAAUGGGUGGAAUACAAAAAUUUCUGAGUUAACUGGUCUUCCUGUUGAUGAAGCAAUUGGAAAGCAUUUGCUCUCGCUUGUGGAAGAUUCUUCAACUAAAAUGGUGAAAAGGAUGUUGGACUUGGCGUUGCAUGGCAAAGAGGAACAAAACAUCCAAUUUGAGAUAAAAACACAUGGUUCUAGGAGUGACCUUGGUCCCAUCAGCUUAGUUGUGAAUGCUUGUGCCAGCAGAGACAUUCGUGAAAAUGUUGUGGGGGUUUGUUUUGUGGCCCAGGAUAUCACUGGUCAGAAGACGGUAAUGGACAAGUUCACCCGGAUUGAAGGUGAUUACAAGGCAAUUGUACAGAACCCAAACCCGUUGAUCCCCCCAAUAUUUGGUACUGAUGAAUUUGGCUGGUGUUCUGAGUGGAAUCCAGCGAUGACGAAGUUAACUGGGUGGAAACGAGAGGAGGUAAUAGAUAAAAUGCUGUUGGGGGAGGUUUUUGGGAUCAGCAUGGCCUGUUGUCCUCUGAAGAGUCAAGAAGCUUUCGUAAAUCUUGGUAUUGUACUUAACCAUGCCAUGACAGGUCAGGUAUCUGAAAAGGUUCCUUUUGGUUUCAGUGCUCGCAGUGGAAAGCACAUAGAAUGCCUGUUGUGUGUGAGCAAGAAAUUGGACGGUGAGGGCUCAGUCACUGGGGUGUUUUGCUUCUUGCAGCUGGCUAGCCCAGAGCUGCAACAAGCACUCCAUGUCCAGCGCUUGUCAGAACAAACUGCUGUGAAGAGAUCGAAAGAAUUGUCUUAUAUUAAAAGGCAGAUCCGGAAUCCUUUAGCUGGUAUAAUGUUUUCUCGGAAAAUGAUGGAGGGUACUGAGUUGGGAACAGAGCAAAAGCAGCUUCUGCAUACUAGUGCCCAGUGCCAGCACCAGCUCAACAAAAUACUAGAUGACUCGGAUCUUGAUACCAUCAUUGACGGCUACUUGGACCUGGAAAUGGUGGAGUUCACUUUGCAUGAAGUACUGCUUGCCUCAGUCAGUCAAGUCAUGAGUAAGAGCAAUGCCAAGAGUAUCCGGAUUGUCCAUGACGCAGCAGAAGAGAUCAUGAAUGAGACCUUGUAUGGGGAUAGUCUUAGGCUUCAACAAGUCUUGGCUGAUUUCUUAGCCAUUUCAAUUAAUUUUAUGCCAACCGGAGGCCAGCUUACUAUUGCAGCCAAUUUGACCAAAGAUCAGUUAGGACAAUCCGUUCAUCUUGUGCAUUUGGAGCUCAGGAUAACACAUGCAGGUGGUGGGAUUCCAGAAGGAUUGCUGAACCAGAUGUUUGGAAACGACAUAGCCAUAUCUGAGGAGGGCAUUGGCCUGCUCGUGAGCAGUAGACUGGUGAAGCUCAUGAACGGAGACGUAAGGUAUCUCAGGGAAGCGGGCAAGGCAACCUUCAUCAUAUCCGUGGAACUUGCUGCUGCACACAAGUUGAGCUCCUAA